CAUACAAAUUAAUAAAGUUGAAGUAAAAGUUGCAUAACAGUAAAUACAAGACACUGCAAAUCUCGACUGAAUCGACAGAAGGCGCUGCUGCUGUUGUUUCCAUUUCUCUCCUGUUUCCUGUGUGAAAUGAUCACUUCCGGUUCGUUCAAUGUGCAGCGCGCAGCUCUGAGCGGUUGUACGGUGCUUGGUUCGCUUUGGUCGGGAUGUCGUCGCUGCACCCCGGAGACCCGCAGUUGGUGUCGGUGAUCGUGAAUCACCUGAAGACGGAAGGAUUAUUUGAUCAGUUCCGUAGAGACUGUCUGGCAGACGUUGACACAAAGCCGGCGUAUUUACACUUACGACAGCGAGUGGACAACUUUGUGUCCAACCAUCUGGCCAACCACACAUGGAGCCCACAGCUAAACAAGAACCAGCUGAGAAACACCAUCAGACAACUGGUCCUACAGUCAGGGAUGUUGGAGCAAGGGGUGGACAGAAUCGUGGCACAAGUUGUUGAUCCAAAGGUCCAUCACAACUUUCGGCCGCAGGUGGAACGAGUUGUGAGGAAGUUUCUGUCUCCCAACAGCAGUUUGGAAGAGGACGAGCCGCCCCUUGCGGCUCCGGCUCCGCCUCCCACCAUAGAAAACCAGGAAUAUCAGCUGCUGGCUCCAGAUGACAGAAGUGAUGCAGCUGAUGUUCAAAACCAAGAGACCAGCAGCUCUGACCCAACCCAGGAGCAGAAAGAGGAGGAGAUGGACAUAAGCCUCAAUGAGGAGGAGCAGCACACCGCUCUGAUCGAGGCAGAGGAAGUGCCAGAGGAGAAAGAUGGAGGAGAAGAGAAAGAGAUAAAGUUGGAGAAAGAGGAGGUGAAGGAGCAGGGAGACGCAGAGAAUGAGAACAGCACUAAAUCGUCAGGAAAGAUCAAAGAGGAGACCAAAGAGUCUGACUCCCAGAAAGUGUCCGGUGUAAAGCAGAGGUCUGGAGACCGACUGAGAGAAGAAUACUCUCUGGAGGAUUCGGAUCUGGACGGUCUCAGUGACAUCACAGUGAGUUCUGUUCAUACCAGCGAUCUGUCCUCGUUUGAGGGCGACAGCGAUGAUGAUCCACCACUGUCGGAGUCCACGGAAGAGGGCGAGAUCAGUUCAGAUGAUGAGAGAGGACAGAAGACGUCCGCCGGUGAAGAGAAGAAAUCUCGCGGUGUGAGGCAGGGCUACAUACACAAACCCUUCCUGUACUCCCGUUACUAUAGCGACUCUGAUGAUGAGGUCACUGUGGAGCAGCGCCGGCGCAAUGUGGCCAAAGAUAAAGAGGAGAGGUUGUUAAAGCGCCAACAGAACCGAGAGCGUCUGGAGGAGAAACGCAGACAGAGAGCAGCUCAGACUGAGGAGCAGGAGCGGAGGAAACAACGGCCACGGGCAAAAGAAGCUCGAAAAGAACAGAAAGUCCUGGAGAAGAAAGUGGCUCUUAGCAGACAAAGAAAGCGAGACAACAGAAAAGAUGAAGAAAAAAAUAAAAAUGAAAAUGAAGGAGAUUCAGUCAACAAAGAUGUGAAGGCCGGGUGUCUGAAGUCCUCACGGCGCUCGUCUGAUCUGGAGGAGCAGCGCAAAAAGAAAGCAGACGAUGCCAGCGAAGAGAAACCACAAACAAAAACGGACAAAAACCGCGUCCACUCUUUCAUCCUGGACCUGGAGCUCGGAACAGAGGAAGCUCAACGUCAGAGAACGGGUGGAAAAUCUGAGCGAAGUCUUCGGAAAGAGACGCACGGCAAAGAAAAGGAGCGCAAGGAGAAAGAGCCCAGUGUCUGUGAUGAACGGAUCAAGACCAAACUGAAGACUGAGAGCAAGAGGGCUGGAGAUGCAUCUAUCUCGGCUUCUGAUGAGAAAGAAGACAGGAAGGCCUCAAAGGUCAAGGUAGACAGGAAGAGCUCGGUGUCUUCGAGAGAAAGCAAGGCGUCUAUUUCUGAAGCUGCAGACGAGGGCAGUCUCAAGAAAGGAAAGAUGCCUGUGGACACUCUAAAGGAGAAAACAAAGGGAGAGAAGGUGGGAAGCAAAAGUGACUCGAAGCUGCUCCGCCGUUUAGACUCCACAGGCUCAUCUGAGGAAAGGUCAGAGGUGGAGGCAAGUUCAGAAGUCACCCUGAAGAAAGACAAGCAAGUCCCAAUAAAGCCAAAGGAGGUCAAACCAGCAGACAAGCUCAAGGUGAAGUCUGACAGAAAGGACUCCUCGACAGGAGAAAGAGACAAGAGACAUGGCUCAGAAACUGAAAGUGACGCCCGGAAAGCAGAAGUAGGGACGAAGGUCAGAUCCGUGUCAGAGAAACACAGAUCUAAAUCCAGAGAGGACCUGAAAUCCCAGAAGUCUGAAAAGAAGAUGCCAAACCAGGACACCAAGAGCAAAGCGGAAAAGAAAACCUCAGAAGAGCCUCACAAAACCAAAGAUUCAAAAACUGGAAAAAGAGCAACCGAGAAAAAGGUGCAAAAAGAUUCUGAGAGAAAGUCAGGAGGAAAGGAUUCAAGCGCAAGCCCGACAGAACCCACGGCCCCGAUGUCUCCUGUAGCAGAACCGUCACCUGUCUCCGGCACUACCCCUUUACCGGACGACACGUUUGGCGCGCUGAGCGACGUCACUGCUGACUCAGACGGCGAUGAUGUGACGGAGCCCCGCUCGCUAUCGGCAGAGGCCGACGCCCUCUUGAGUCUGAUGACGGCAACAAGUGACAUCACGCAGCAAGCUGUAAGACAGGAGACGGAAGCUGAUCUAAAGAUGAAGGAAGCGGCACUUACAUUGCUCUCGAUGGAUCCAGAUAUUGCACGCUCAUCAGAUGUCAUUGUUGCAGAAUCACAGGUUGCUAUUCAGAUGACGUCAGAUGCCACAGGAUGCUGUAUACCCGAGACACAAAGUGAGAGUUGUGCGCCUGCUGUCGGUCAGCAGGAUGAACAACAGCAAGAUGCAGCUGCAUCUGCCUCCACUGUGAAACCCACCAAGACUGAGACCCUUACAGUAAAUGAGGUGGUGACAUCAGAGGUUGCUGAUGGGCAGAGAGCGAAAAGAGACAAUGAGGAAAGCAUGGAGAUUCUUCCUGCAGACGCAGCUGAGCCAGCUCGGGCCAACACGGUAGACAUAGCCCAGGAAAAACAGAGAUUGGAAACUGAGUUUGCGCAGACACUUACUGCAGAGGCAACUGAAUCUACAGAAACACUCAAAGCAGAAGCAGCUGAGUCUGCUCACACUCCAAUGACAGCCAAAGCUGACACCGACGUUUCUGCGCAAAAACCACCUACUGCGGAGGUAACAGAAUCGCCAAUGACGCUUGCAGCAGACGCAGCUAAGCCUGCGCAGACACCCACUCCAGAGGGAACAGAAUCACAUGCAACACUUGCAGCUGAUCCUGCGCAGACACUUUCUGCAGAGGUAACGGAAUCUUCAACAGCACUUGCAGCAGACGCAGCUGAGCCUGCGCAGACACCUACUGCAGAGGUAACGGAAUCUUUAACGACGCUUGCAGCAGACGCAGCUGAUCCUGCGCAGACACUCACUGCAGAGGUGACAGAAUCUUCAACGACACUUGCACCAGACGCAGCUGAGCCUGCGCAGACACCCACUGCAGAGGUAACGGAAUCUCCAACGACACUUACAGCAGACGCAGCUGAGCCUGUGCAGACACCCAUUGCAGAGAUAAUGGAAUCUUCAACAACGCUUGCAGCAGAUGCAGCUGAGCCUGCGCAGACACCUACUGCAGAGGUAAUGGAGUCUUCAACGACACUUGCAACAGACGAAGCUGUGUCUGAGCAGACACCUACUGCAGAGGUAACGGAAUCUCCAAUGACACUUGCAGUAGACGCAGCUGAGCCUGUGCAGACACCUACUGCAGAGGUAACGGAAUCUCCAAUGACACUUGCAGCAGACGCAGCUGAGCCUGCGCAGACACCUACUGCAGAUGUAACAGAAAUCAAAAAGACACUUGCAGAAGACGCAGCUGAGCCUGUGCAGACACCCACUGCAGGGGUAAUGGAAUCCCCAAUGACACUUGUAGCAGAUGCAGCUGAGCCUGUGCAGACACCUAUUGCAGAGGUAACAGAAUCACAAACGACACUUAAAGCAGAUGCAGUUGAGCAUGUGCAGACCCCAACGACAGUCAAAGCAGACACUGAUGUGCCUGCGCAAACACUUUCUGCAGAUGUAGCAGAAUCUCCAAUGACACUAACAGCAGACACAGCUCAGCCUGUGCAGACUCCUACGAAAGUCAAAGCAGAUGCAGCUGAGCCUGCGCAGACACCUACUGCAGAGAUAACAGAAUCUCCAACAACACUUGCAGCAGACGCAGAUGAACCUGCGCAGACACAUACUGCAGAGGUAACCGAAUCUUCAACAACUCUUGCAGCAGACGCAGCUGAGCCUGCGCAGACAUUAACUGCCGAGCUUGCGCACACACUUAGUGCUGAGGUUACAGAAUCUCUAGCGACAGUCAAAGCAGAUACAGCUGAGCCUGCGCAGAUGCUCAAUGCAAAAACGGUGGACGCUGCGCAGACACUUCCUGAAGAAAUAACUGAGCCUGUGCAGAUAAACAAAGUAGAUCCAGCAGACCCUGUGCACACAGUCACUGCAGACACAACAGAGUCUGCCCAAAAUCGUACAACCUCCGCAACCAAUCCGAAUACAGCUGAGUCUGCGCAAACCUCCACCACAGACAGUGCAUCUGUCUCAGACGAACAGGAGAAGUCGACGUCAGACGUCUCAGAAACGGAGCAGACGGACAGCUCAGGCACACGAAGGGGCCGAUCAGCCAAUCAGAGGGCAGGUUCUUCACAGUCAAAGGAGGAGCUGGUCACAGAAAAGGAGCCACAGGAGCAGGGUCGCAGGAGUAGACGCUCUGCAGCACAGAACAAAGAUUUGCCUACAGUGAAACCUGCAAUGAAACGCAAGAAAUCAGACACCUCGACUACAGAUUUAGCGGCAGAUGAGAUCGAGGAAGAGACAAAAAAAUCUGCCAAACAGAGACGAAAUGAAGUAAUUCCAUCUAAAGAUCAAGAAGUGAUGAAAGCGAGUGAUGAAGAAGAGGAGGAAGAGAAGAAAGAUGAGGAAGAUGUGACGGGAGACAAAGAGGAAGCUCAGCGAAAACCUCCCCGCCGCGGACGCACCUGCAAAACCACAGAUGACUCCGAUGCUGGAGUUUCUGAGAAAAGAGAUACAGCUGAGAAAGAAGAGGAUGAGGAGGAGGAGACGUCUUCGAGAGCGACGACUCGUGCUGCGUCUCGUCUGGAGGCGGAAAGAAAUAAACCGAGCAAACCGUCCACUCGAGCUCUGAGUAAACUCAGUGGAAAAGAGGAGGUGUCUUCAAGCACACGCUCGGUGAGGGGACGUAAACGUGAGACGAGUCCUCCGGUGUCUCGCACUCGCGGGGGACAGAAAUCUGAUGAUCCGCCUUCAAAAAGAGUCAAACGAUGAGUCCUGUACAGAACAAAUGUAUUCUCACCUGUAGUUUUUAAGGUCAGAACACAUCUGGUUGUCAAGGCAGCUGGAUUUGAAGCCCUGAUGUUUUUAAAUUCAGAGACAUUGGUUCAUAUUAGUUCAUUACAGACAGUGUUGUGUAAUGACAGUCACGUAGUAUUAAACUGUAGUGUUACAUCCAGUCUGUCAGGGAUGUGUGUGUGUGUGUGUGUGUGUGUGUGUGUGUGUGUGUGUGUGUGUGUGUGUGUGUGUGUGUGUGUGUGUGUGUGUGUGUAUGUGUGUGAUUUUGUGAAUGUAAAUGAGGAUUGUUGUUUAUUUUAUAUUUUUACCUUAUACUAUAAAUCCGCCAUUGAUCCUGA